AUGAAGUCGUCCGAUUUACCGAAUCUGCCGCUGGUAAAUAUCGAACCGUUCGUCAGACUUCUCGAUGAAGCUGAUGCGAAGAAUGCUGAGGAUGCUCUGACUGCCAAGGCGUCAAAUACAGGCACCAUCCCGAAGAUCUUCCCCAAGCUAAUUGGAAAUACUCUUCCCUUUACGAUGUGGCACCGGGAAACUACUAAGUUGCGGAAUAAACAUAUUCGCCAACAGCACCCGAAAGAAGAACAAGAGAAGAGGAAGCGAGAGGAAGAGCUGAUGAUUCAGCUGAAGCGGUCAGAGGAUCAACGAGAGCAGGACAGGCAGCGAAUGCAAGAAAUAGAGGUCGUGUUGAAGAGGCAGCAGGACGUCGAAGAACGGCACCAGAAGGAGGACGACGUAAGGAGGAAACGCGAGCUCGACCUGGUCAACAGAUUGAAGGUUUUCAAGUAUGCCGAGGAGCAGCAGUCGACGAAUGAACAGCACAAACACUGUCCGCAAUCAACCCCACAAGGUUUAGCCGUUAGUAGUCUCCAACCAGCGGCUCCGGAAAACCUGCUUCGUCUACAACGGUCGCUGAAAGGAGCAGCAAAGGACGCGGUCAACAGUUUUCUCCUCCAUCCGUUCACUGUGCCGCAAGUUCUGUCUACGCUCCAGACAUUGUACGGAAGACCUGAACAAAUUGUUCACAAUUUAGAAACCAAAGCUCGGGGUACACCCGCUCCCAAAGCGGAAAGACUGGAGACUAUAAUCCAGUUUGGUUUGACUGUUCAAAAUCUGUGCGGCCACCUGGAAGCAGUGGGCAGCCAUCUUUCCAACCCGAUCCUUCUGCAGGAGCUUGUGGACAAGUUGCCGGCAAACAUUAAAUUCAACUGGGCACUCUAUCAAGAAAGUCUGCCUGUGGUCGACCUGAAAACAUUUAGCGAGUACAUGAGGAAGGUUACGACUGCAACCAGUGGCGUCACCAACUUUUGCAUCACCGGAAGGCCUACGAAGGAUGAAAAGAGCAAAACGAAGGACAAAGCGUUUGUGAAUGCUCAUGCUACCCACGAAGGCAAGGAUUUGGAGCAGAAGGAAUCGGGACGGACUAUUAACUCCGGCGGUCGGCGCGAAGUGGCCAAGAACGAUAAAGCCAAACGAGGCGGAUCAACUAAAAACUGUCCCCUAUGCAAUGUUUACGACCAUACUGCUGCAAGUUGUGCAUCCUUCAAGAAGCUUUCUAUCGACGGUCGGUGGAAUGUUGUCAAGGACAAUAAAUUGUGCCGCCGCUGCCUUGUUUCCCAUAACCGUUGGCCAUGUGAAGGUGAGGUUUGUGGGAUCAAUGAUUGCGAGAAACGCCAUCAUCGCCUUCUCCACUAUGAAGCUCCUAAGAAGCAGCCGGCGAUUUCCACCGAGGCCACUGUCACCAUCCACCGCCAACCGAUUUCGUCAACGUUAUUCAAGAUCCUGCCAGUGACAUUGCACGGAAAGAAUGGCGCAGUGAACACUUAUGCCUUUCUAGAUGAUGGUUCGUGUGCAACACUCGUGGAGCAAACGAUUGCGAACGAACUUGGAGUAACCGGCACAGCCCAUUCUUUGUGUAUUCAUUGGCCAAGUGGAAUCAACAAGAAAAUCGAAACUACGCAAAUAGAUACGCUGAGUAUUUCGGAGCUCGGAAGCGACAAGCGCUUCAGUCUGUCCGAAGUGUACACCGUCAAGAAUCUGGGGUUGCCACAGCAGUCAUUGGAUUUCAAUCAAUUGACAAAGGAGUUCGAGCACCUGCGGCAUCUUCCUGUCAAGAGUUUUGAGAAGGCCGUUCCUGGACUGCUAAUUGGAUUGAGUAACUCGCACCUGCUUACCACAACGAAGCUUCGUGAAGGAAACGAGCGAGAACCAAUCGCUACAAAGACUCGCAUCGGCUGGGUUGUAUGUGGUCGCGUACAAGGGGGAGAACAGCAACUACAACAUCGGCAAAUGCACAUUUGUGCUGAUACGAUCGACCACGAUCUGCACGACUACGAGUUCCCGGACAGUAGAUCGAUGGCCGAGCGUCGCUUAAAGUGUCUCGAGAGACGUCUAGAAAAAGAUCCACAGCUCUACGAAAGCGUAAGACAGCAGAUGGCCGACUUCGAAACGAAAGGUUACGUUCAUGUGGUAACAAAGCAGGAAAUGGAAACAUUUGAUCCAGCGCGUACCUGGUACCUCCCGCUAGGAGUGGUACAGAACCCGAAUAAAUCUGGGAAGGUACGAGUGAUUUGGGAUGCGGCAGCCAAAGUAGGCGGAGUGUCGUUAAACACGAUGCUUCUCAAGGGUCCUGAACUGUUGACCCCGCAGCUGUCCGUUACGUUCAAGACAGGAAGUCGCGUUUUCUGGCGACGAACAAGAAAUGUUCCUGCAAGUCAAAAUCAGAAGGGAAGAUCGAAGCGCUCCACUAUUCGUCUACCGCAAGUCUCCUACACAUACGCAACUGGGUAUCCAACCGAUCAUCAAUCCUAG